AUGUCUAGCCAGUCGAUAGGGAAGGGGUCUGAUGACUCUAAAUUCCAUGACGUGGGUGACACCUUGUCGGAGUCUCAUUCUGUCAAUGAGUACAGAGGUUUCGACGGCAAUGUUGAAGAAAGCGUUCAGCAAUUGGCUCGAACAAUCACACUGAACAGUACUACUUCAAAUAACUCUGCGGACUUGCUCAGAUACUUGUCUCAUAUGUCGCAAGUUCCAGGUGUGAGUCCUUACGAUGACGAGCAAGUUGAAGAUGCUUUGAAUCCAAAUAGUGAUAAUUUUAAUGCUAAGUUCUGGGUCAAAAACAUGAGAAAGCUCUAUGAUUCCGAUCCUAAUUACUUCAAGCGCUCGAAGAUGGGUAUAGCAUACCGUAACUUGAGAGCCUAUGGCGUUGCUGCUGAUUCUGAUUACCAACCUACUGUUCCUAACAUUAUUCCAAAGUUUUUGCUGGAGGCCUACUUGCACUUUAAACACAACGAUCCGUCUCGUUAUUUUGAUAUUUUGAAAAGUAUGGACGGCAUAAUGCGCCCUGGUGAGCUUACCGUGGUAUUAGGAAGACCAGGUUCUGGUUGUUCUACUUUGUUGAAAACAAUUGCUGCGAACACUUACGGUUUCCACAUUGGUGAAGAAUCAAAGAUUUCUUACGAUGGCUUAUCUGCAAAAGAUGUAGCUCACCGGUUUAGAGGCGAUGUUGUUUAUUCUGCUGAGACGGAUGUCCACUUUCCUCAGUUGAGUGUUGGUGAUACAUUGGAAUUCGCUGCUCGAUUAAGAACUCCCCAGAAUCGUGGCGAUGUUGAUAGAGAGACAUAUGCAAAGCACAUGGCUAGUGUGUAUAUGGCAACUUAUGGUCUUUCCCACACAAGGAAUACUAAUGUCGGUAAUGACUACAUUAGAGGUGUUUCUGGUGGUGAAAGGAAAAGAGUAUCAAUUGCAGAGGCAUCCUUAUGUGGUGCUAAUCUCCAGUGUUGGGAUAACGCAACUAGAGGAUUAGAUGCUGCUACAGCGUUAGAAUUUAUCAGAGCAUUAAAAACAUCUGCUGCUAUUUUAGAAGCAACGCCUUUGAUUGCAAUAUAUCAGUGUUCCCAGGAUGCUUACGACUUAUUUGAUAAAGUAGUUGUUUUGUAUGAAGGUUAUCAGAUUUAUUUUGGCAAAGCUGAUAAAGCAAAAAAAUAUUUUUUAGAUAUGGGCUACGAAUGUCCUCAGAGACAAACCACAGCGGACUUUUUAACUUCAUUAACGAAUCCAGCCGAACGUGUUCCUAGAGAAGGAUUUGAGAAUAGAGUUCCACAUACGCCGCAGGAGUUUGAAGCGUAUUGGAAAAAAUCGCCGGAAUAUGCUAAAUUAGUGAACGACAUUGAUACCCAUAUCGCCGAAUGUGAAUCCAAAAAUAGGUUGGAAGACUAUUCUGACUCUCAUGUUGCAAGGCAAUCGAAUCAUCUAUCUUCCAAGUCACCCUAUACGGUCUCAUUUUACAUGCAAGUUCGCUACAUCAUGGGAAGGAAUUUUUUAAGAGUGAAGGGCGAUCCUUCUAUUACAAUUUUUUCUGUUGUAGGUCAAUUAAUAAUGGGACUAAUUUUGUCCUCAGUUUUUUAUAACAUGAACCAGACAACGUCAUCUUUCUAUUAUCGUGGAGCUUCGAUGUUUUUUGCUGUGUUAUAUAAUGCUUUUUCAUCCUUAUUAGAAAUCAUGUCAUUGUUUGAGUCUCGUCCAAUAGUUGAGAAACAUAAGAAGUAUGCUUUGUACCGGCCGUCAGCUGAUGCAAUGGCCAGUGUAAUCACUGAACUACCAACUAAGCUUUUCAUGUCAACUGCAUUCAACUUCGUCUUUUACUUCAUGGUGAAUUUCAGAAGAAAUCCAGGAAGAUUUUUCUUCUACUGGUUAAUGAACUUCUCGUGCACGUUGGUUAUGUCUCAUUUAUUCAGGUCUAUUGGAGCUGUUUCAACAUCUUUGCCAGGUGCGAUGACUCCUGCUACUGUCUUAUUAUUAGCGAUGGUGAUUUAUACUGGUUUUGUAAUUCCUACGCCUAAUAUGUUAGGAUGGUCAAGGUGGAUAAAUUACAUAAAUCCUGUGGGCUAUGUUUUUGAAUCUUUGAUGGAAAACGAAUUUCACGACAGAAAUUUUGAAUGCGCAAUGUAUGUGCCUUAUGGCCCUGGUUAUGAAAAUAUCAAUACGGACGAACACGUUUGUUCUGCUGUUGGUUCUAUUCCUGGUCGGAAUUUUGUGAAUGGCAGUGAUUAUAUGAGACUUGCUUAUAAUUACAGUAACGCUCAUAAAUGGAGAAACUUUGGAAUUGUGGUUGGCUUCAUUGUGUUUUUCUUAUUUAUUUAUGUUGCCUUGACAGAAUUGAAUAAAGGAGCUAUGCAGAAAGGUGAAAUCACACUAUUCUUGAGAUCAGCAAUGAGAAAGCACAAAAAGAACGCAAAAAAGCAUGCUUCUAAAAAGGAUUCCGAAUCUUUAGGUACAUCUGAAAAAAUUAAUUACAAAGAAGAGUUUGAGGCUGAGAAACAUGAAUCUUCUAGUGAUAGUGAUCAUCGGUUACCAGCCGCUCGGAAUAUUUUCCAUUGGAGAGAUUUGACCUACCAGGUAAAAAUCAAAUCUGAAGAGAGAGUGAUUUUAGAUCAUGUUGACGGAUGGGUUAAACCAGGUCAAGUUACUGCUCUCAUGGGUGCUUCGGGUGCUGGAAAGACUACGUUAUUAAAUUGCUUGUCUGAAAGGGUCACAAGCGGUACAAUCACAGAUGGUGUUAGGAUGGUGAACGGACAUUCUUUGGAUAGUUCUUUUCAGCGUUCUAUUGGAUAUGUCCAACAACAGGAUUUACAUUUGCCAACUUCAACCGUUCGUGAGGCCUUAAGAUUCUCUGCUUAUUUAAGACAACCGGAAAACGUUCUGAAGCAGGAGAAAAAUGAUUAUGUUGAAUAUAUCAUUGAUUUAUUAGAAAUGUAUGACUACGCCGAUGCUGUGGUUGGUGUUGCAGGUGAGGGUUUAAAUGUUGAACAAAGAAAACGGUUGACAAUUGGAGUUGAAUUAGUCGCAAAGCCAAAAUUGUUACUCUUUUUGGAUGAACCCACUUCUGGAUUGGACUCUCAAACUGCUUGGUCUAUUUGUCAAUUGAUGAGAAAGUUAGCUGAUCAUGGGCAGGCAAUUUUAUGCACCAUUCAUCAGCCCUCUGCGAUAUUAUUACAAGAGUUUGAUAGGUUGUUAUUUUUACAGAAAGGUGGCCAAACAGUGUAUUUUGGGGAUUUGGGUAAAAAUUGUCAUGAUUUAAUUGGGUAUUUUGAGAAGUAUGGCGCCCAUCCUUGUCCUCCUGACGCAAAUCCGGCGGAAUGGAUGUUGGAAGUCGUUGGUGCUGCUCCUGGGUCACAUGCAUCACAAAAUUACUUUGAGGUUUGGAGAAAUUCCGAUGAAUACCAAACUAUUCAGAGGGAAUUGGAUAACAUGAAAGAAGAAUUAUCUAAAUUACCGAGAGAUGAAUCUCCUGAUGCUCAUAAGACUUAUGCGGCACCUAUUUGGCAACAAUAUUUAAUUGUGACUUGGAGAGUGCUCCAACAGAAUUGGAGAUCACCGGGUUACAUCUAUGCAAAGCUUUUCCUAUGUGUGUCUUCAGCCCUCUUUAAUGGUUUCAGUUUUUUCAAGGCUGGAAACAGUAUGCAAGGUUUGCAAAAUCAGAUGUUUGCUAUCUUUAUGUUCAUGAUUCCAUUUAACACUAUGGUACAACAGAUGAUGCCUUAUUUCUGCAGGCAAAGAAGUAUUUAUGAAGUAAGAGAAGCACCCUCGAGAACAUACAGUUGGUUCGCGUUCAUAACUGCACAGAUCACUUCAGAAAUGCCAUUCCAAGUAGCCGUCGGUACGAUAUCAUUUUUCUGCUGGUAUUAUCCUGUUGGCUUAUACAGAAAUGCAGAACCGACUGAUGCUGUCAAUUCGCGUGGUGUGUUGAUGUGGCUAUUGCUUAGUUCUUUUUACGUUUACACCACUACUAUGGGUCAAUUGUGUAUUUCAUUUAUUGAAUUACCGGAUAAUGCUGCUAAUUUGGCUGUGAUGUUGUUCACUAUGUGUUUGAAUUUCUGUGGUGUCUUAGCAGGACCAGAUGUAUUACCUGGAUUUUGGAUUUUCAUGUACAGAUGUAAUCCGUUCACUUUCUUGAUUCAGGGGCUUUUAAGUACAGGGUUGGCAAAUACCCAUGUUACAUGCUCAGAUGCUGAAUUAUUGGUAAUGAACCCACCAAGCGGCCAAACAUGUGGGCAAUAUAUGGAAAACUAUAUGAAAUUGGCUGGUGGGUAUUUGGUGGAUUCAGAUGCCACAAAAAAUUGUCAAUAUUGUCAAAUGAACUCAACAAAUGAUUUUUUGAAACUGGUUAAUUCUCUCUUCUCAGAGAGAUGGAGAAAUUUUGGUAUUUUUAUCGCUUUUAUUGCAGCGAACAUUCUUUUAACAACUUUUCUCUAUUGGUUGUCUAGGGUACCGAAGGGAAAUAGAGAAAAGAAGAAGAAGAAGCAAGAGUAG